CGUGCGUGCGUGCGUGUGUGUGUGUUUGUGUGUGUGUGUGUGUGUGGUUACAGGUGCAGAGCAGGUUGGCGCGGUGCGGCGUGUGAUCAGUGUGUUCCUUCACCUGACUGUGUUCACGGAGCGUGUGAAGAACCCGGGCAGUGCAUCUGUGAGCACGGAUGGACGGGAGCGCGCUGUGAUCGAGAGGUUCACCGGUGUUCAUCAAAGCCCUGCUCGGGAAACUCUACCUGUGUGGAGACCAGAGGAGGAGGACACGUCUGCCUUUGUUCUCCUGGAUACACAGGGGAAAACUGCCAGCUGAAGAAAGGACCGUGUUCAGCGAACAGCUCUCGCUGUCAGAAUGGAGGAACCUGCGUGAACACGAGUGGCUCUGACAGCCGUUCCUCUUGCUUCUGUCCAGCUGGAUUCACCGGCUCGUCCUGUGAGCUCCACAUCAGCCAGCUCAAGCACAAACCCCGAGUGAAAGCCUCAGGUCCGGCUCACGCUUUCCACAAGCUGCUGCUGCGUCCGGCCGAGUCUGAGUCCGGUCCGCUGGUCACCCGCAGCCAGAUCAUCUGCUUCUCCGUCCUGGGUCUCCUCACCUGUCUGGUGGUCCUGGUCACGACGGGCAUCGUCUUCUUUACCCGCUGCGAGACGUGGAUGGCGAACGCCAAGUACAGCCAGCUGGUGCGACAGCAGAGAGAUCAGCAGAGAGAGCAGCAUUCGCUCAACAUCAUCCUGCCGGAGAAAAUCAAGCUGAGCAACUACAGCAAGCAUUACACGUCCAUAUGAAGCGGAUCCGUGACUGAGAGGUUUGGUGCUUUAGACAAAGACAAGAUG